AUGGCAGAGAAGGAAGGAGCAAUUAUCAACAAGGGGCAUGAAGAAGGUUUGAAAAUGGCACUUUCCCUAAUGGAGGAAUUCGAACUCCCAUUGGGGCUACUCCAUCUUGCUGAUGUGAUCGAAGUGGGGUUUGUGAAGAACACAGGCUACAUAUGGGUCAAGCAAGAAAAAAAAAUUGAGCACAAGUUCAAGAUGAUCGGCAAACUGGUAAGUUAUGAUACAGAAAUGAGUGGAUACGUCGAAAAGAGGAGAAUCAAGAACCUCAAGGGAGUGAAGGGUAGGGAGUUGAUGUUAUGGCUUCCAGCUUAUGAGAUCACUGUGGAUGAUCCUCUUACUGGAAAUGUUCAAAUCAAGAGUCUGGCUGGCAUCACCAAAACUUUUCCAGCUGAAGCUUUUGCUGCUGGUCAGUAA